CCUACUCUCUCUCUCCCUCUCUCUCUGUCUUUUUCUCUCUCCUUCCACUCUUUCUCUGUGUUGAGUUGUAGAGGGAGCUGCUCCCCCUCCCCCCUACUCCCCCCUCUGAUUGCCUGUCCACAUGGUAAUGAGCCGGGUCGGACCCAGGGGCCUGGAAGCAGGGGACUCGCUUGGUCCACCCGGCCCAGCCUGGACAGCCGUUUGGGCAGCCUACACCACUGUCUUCAUCCCUCUCAGCAGCAGUCUGUACAGCAGCAAGGCACUGCACUUUUUCCUUUGGCUGAAGCAGAUGAAGGAGUUGGAACAGGAGAAGGACUCUCUGCUGGCUGGUCUGGACGUGGUGGAGCGGGCUAGAGAGUGGUACCAGACCCAGAUCCACAAUGUCACAGAGAGACAGAGACACGUGGGCCAGAGCAACCACUGCACGGAUUUCUUCACAGAAUCCCAGAAUCAAAGUCGCAUGGAUGUUCUGCUUCCCAAGCUGCAGGAAGCCAACCGCUGCCUUAAUGACCUCAUUUCCUGCUCUGGAAUGCAGUCUUUCCCAUUCUCUGGCACCCAGCCCACAGCAAUCUCCUCCAGCUCCCAGCCUCCUGCCCCUGCCCCACCACAAGCCAUUCAGAGACUUAAGGACCAGAACCGCCUUCUCACCCAGGAGGUGACUGAUAAGAGUGAGCGCAUCACUCAGCUGGAGCAGGAGAAGUCUGCUCUGAUCAAACAACUGUUUGAGGCUCGCGCCCGGAGCACGCAUGACAGCAGCACCAUGGACUCCACCUUCAUCUGAAUACAGACACCAUAAUACAACUGUAGUGGUCUCCAGCUCUAUCUGCCCCCCCCCACUCACAACAAGACAACUGUAUCAGACUCAACUCACCACUCCUGGCAUGAUGAAAGCACCUUGAACUUUGACCCCCCACUUGACCACACCCUCUGGAUCUCCCCAACCGACAACUCCACUUAAAAUGGCCUGCACACUAAUCUGGGCCGACCCCUCCUAGAGGAGAGGGACUCCCGAGUCCACCGUCCUCUGAUACCUCACCCACUGGGCAGAAAGCCUGGAACACCAUAGUCUAACCAUUCCUAACUGGGACCUGCCCAGGAUUCUACUCCCCCUCGAAAUACUCCAAGGAUCUAUUGUGAUCCACUAGGAUCCUACCUUAUUGGACCAGACUUUACGUUCACCCUCCCUCCCAUCACAGUAUAAGCUAUGUGAUUGGACAUCAUGAACUAAAUCCCAAACCCCUACAUGGAGCUACUGGAUCCCUGACAAUCACCAUGACAACAGCUCCUGUACAAAUGCAUUAGUUGGAGGGAUUCCAUUGGACACACACCACAAAAUGUAUUUAUUUUAUGAAACAUUUAUUCCAGAUACUUUGAUCUCAGUCACACUUUGGUAGAUAUUUCUCCCCUUGUAUUCCAAUAUAUCCACUUGUGUAUCUCAAACCUAAUUGAAAUGGUUGGUAUGAUGAGAAGCUGGGCUCUCUUGACCUGGCGGAGCUUACUGGUUUCUAGAGAGCUUUUCCCAUCCCCGGGCGCCGAAGACAUGGAUGUCGAUUAAGGCAGCCCCCCGCACCUUUCUGAUUCAGAGGGGUUGGGUUAAAUGUGGAAGACACAUUUCAGUUGAAUACAUUGUUGGACAACUGACUAGGUAUCCCCCUUUCCCUAAGGAGGACAACAUGACUGUAUAAUAUCUCAUUUACUGUUUGUCACUCUUUGUACCCUUAAGUGAGCCAAAUACACAUGAUGUGAAGCACUAGUAUAUAUAGUCUAUUAUAAACUGUGUGGUUUGAACCCUGAAUGCUGAUUGGCUGACAGCUGUGGUAUAUCAGACCGUAUA